GAUGAGGGAGAGACCGAGAAGGUGGAGUGCAGGCAACAGACAGUACAAACACAGCGGGGUCCAGGGCUCUGAUUCUUUUCGGCCCGGCGGCUGACUUUAACGGUAGUGUACCUCUGGACGAGGUAAACUGCAGUCUGGAUUACAACAAACCGGGGGGAGAAGAGAGCAGAGUGGAAACGCCCGGGAUGAAAGAGGAAUAAAGAUAUAGCUGAUAGCUAAUACAAAAAAGAAAAAGGGAGCGCGACAUCACAAACGAGCCACAGAGGAGGAAACAGACCCCGGCCAGAAAACCCGUUAGCACGGACACAGAGGAGGAGGUGGAAUUAAAGGGAGAAAGGCUGAUAAGUAACACAAGACAAGAGAGCUAUUAUCACUAGGCAGGUAUGGCAGAUGCAGAGCUGGACUUCCAGACAGGUGAUGCCGGGGCAUCCGCCACCUACCCAAUGCAGUGCUCGGCCCUGCGCAAAAAUGGCUUUGUUGUGCUGAAAGGUCGACCCUGCAAGAUCGUUGAGAUGUCCACCUCCAAGACUGGCAAGCACGGCCACGCUAAGGUGCACUUGGUUGGUAUCGACAUCUUCUCUGGUAAGAAGUAUGAAGAUAUUUGUCCCUCCACCCACAACAUGGACGUCCCCAACAUCAAGAGAAUGGAUUACCAGCUCAUUGGGAUCCAAGAUGGCUACCUCUCCCUGCUCCAGGACAGCGGGGAGGUGAGAGAGGACCUCAAGAUUCCUGAGGGAGACCUGGGCAAAGAGAUAGAGAGCAAGCACGAUGCCGGAGAGGAGAUCCUGAUCACCGUUCUAAAUGCAAUGGAUGAAGAAGCUGCAAUUGGCAUCAAAGCCUUCGGUAAAUAAGCCACUGCAGGUAAAUACAGAGCUACAGCUGCUUCGACACGCAGCUGUCCUCUCACCCUCCCCCAACUACAGCCUGACCCAAGCCUGCCUGAAGAGGAGAGUGUGUGUGCGCGCGCGUGUGUGUGUGUGUGUGUGUGUGUGUGUGUGUGUGUGUGUGUGAUGUAAAAUAAUGUUUGUAUGUGUGUGUGUGUGUGUUUGGAUGUUACACCACAAGCCACCAGCAUGUGCCAUGCCAGUGCAAGUGUGUGUGAUGUCAUGUAUAGUUUAUUGUUCAUCAGUGGAGCAAGGGGGAGGCAACUCCAGUCAGCGAGAUCCAAGGCUGCUGCCGAGUCGUGAUGUUUAGAUUUUACCUUCGGUAUUAUAGAAGAAAGAGGACAUGCCACCUUAAAAUCUUACAAUUAAGUGUAUCGACUAUACUGGAAAUAUCCAUGUUUUCCCAUAAUCUUGCAUUGCAUAAUUAUGUUUUACGUGUAUAUAUUUGUUUGAACUGGACAUUAGUGGUCAGCGGAAAUUUAAAGAUUUAUAAUUGAGGAAAUGUAACUAAUUCCAUGAAAAUUUGAGGCUUGUAUGAAAUGACGGUUACUGAGCAGUGUGUACUCCGGAUUUGCCUGCCCCUUAACGGUCUUCUUUCAUGUUAACACUAUUACGAGCAUGUGUAUCAUUUUUACGUAGCACUAUCGAAUAUAAACAAAAGCUUAAAGUUCAUAAUGUAUUUUUGAGCUAUGUUGUAUUUUUUUUUUUUUUUUCCUGUGGGUUGCACUUCAAUUUACAGCCUGAUAUAGCCAGUUGCUUCCUGUAUUUCCCUCUAAGAAACGGCUUGUAGCGUUGUUGUAACUGUUGGGUCAAACUGUUUUAUGCACUUUCUUUCCUGCACUUUCUCACCUGCAACCUGCGGGCUGUAGACUAAAGUGUCCACAAAAAAUAUGCUUAAAGCUGUUGUUUGUGCAAUGUGUCCUCUGUGGAGGACAGUUAAAACACUCACUGUCUCAUUAAAAUAUGUUUCUCUCGUUUUUCUCAAGUAUCUUCCCUCUCUGGUUUCUGACUUUUCUUUCUUUUUUUUCUUCUCAUUCCUCCCCCCUUGUAAUUCUGUUUCAGGGGCAAAACGAGAUGCACUGGACCUGGGGAAAAGGAGGGGAUAUUGCCUCGUCAAUGCUAUUCUCCCUCUUUUUUCUUUCUUUUUGUCUUCGUUUUUCAUACUCUCUCUCCCUCACUCUGUUUUCUGACCUUCCUUUUGGGUUCAAUUAGAGAUGAAUUUUAAUAAAUAAUUGGAAAAAAAUCUAUAUGUACAUUCACACGUAAUGAAACCACAUCUAAGGCCAGGCGUACAGAUGUAAAAAGACGAGAGGAAGGUCUCUCACUCAUAACUGAGUAGGUCUACAAAUAUUCAGUAGCUACCUACCAUCAGGGGAAAGAAAAGUGGUGAUAAUGUCUGUUUUGUUUUUUUAUAUGUUCCCCUGUUUUAUCAAGGGCUUCAACUCUAGAUCUGCGUUGUUCUGUUGAGGCUUGUUCAGAGUGUGUGCCGUACAGGACUGAAUAGGCGACUAGGUUCUGUCUUUUUCUGUGUGGCACUUUUCUUUUGGCAGUUGAUCUGAACAAGCCUGUCCUUUUGCUGUUUAUUUCAUCACCUCAAACUUGUCUGUUAAACAAAGGUUACCAACAUGGCACAGCCAGGUUCAGUUUCUUUUUGUCUCAAGGUGUGAAGCGUCAAAGAGAAACAAAACCCUGCUCCGACAACACAAAUUCUCAUUUGUUUGAAGUCCUACAGCCAAACCUCAAUCUAACUUCAUUCGCUUCUUAAAAAACCCCCUUUGCAGAGAGCUCAGACCGGGCCUUCACACAGAGCUGUUUGGAGAAAUGACUAGAGUAUUAUUUGGCGUGCUGUCAAACUUUGAGCAAUGAUUCAAGAGGCAGACAAGUUGUGGCAGUUUGGUAUCCUUACUUUGUGUUCAUAACAGCAAGUCCGAACUGUGCAGAAUGUCUCCAUGGCCAAAAAAAAUAAAGAUGACACAAACUGUU